AUGGCUCCAGCUGCUCCCUCAGGUGUUGAGAUUCUGUCCAUCACUACCAACAGUGUUGAGGUGAAAGUUACCCUGUCAGCUGGUAGGUAUGAUGGGCUUCGUGUGCAGCUGUAUGGAGGACAAGGAUCAACCCCCGUGUCAUCAUGGAUAAAGAAUGUUACUGCAGAGACGGUUAAUAAUGGAGACCAGAAAACCAUCACUGUGUCUGGUUUUUCCCCCUCUCUGACACCAGGAGUACAGUACAGUGUCAAAGUGUCCACCAGGUCGGGGUCCAAGUUCAGUGUUUUUAUUGGCCAGAGUAGUCCUGAAACUGUAGCUCCAGCUGCUCCCUCAGGUGUUGAGAUUCUGUCCAUCACUACCAACAGUGUUGAGGUAAAAGUUACCCUGUCAGCUGGUAGGUAUGAUGGGCUUCGUGUGCAGCUGUAUGGAGGACAAGGAUCAACCCCCGUGUCAUCAUGGAUAAAGAAUGUUACUGCAGAGACGGUUAAUAAUGGAGACCAGAAAACCAUCACUGUGUCUGGUUUUUCCCCCUCUCUGACACCAGGAGUACAGUACAGUGUCAAAGUGUCCACCAGGUCGGGGUCCAAGUUCAGUGUUUUUAGUGGCCAGAGUAGUCCUGAAACUGUAGCUCCAGCUACUCCCUCUGGCGUUGAAAUUCAGUCCAUCACUACCAUUAGUGUUCAGGUGAAAGUUACCCUGUCAGCUGGUAGGUAUGAUGGGCUUCGUGUGCAGCUGUAUACAGGACAAGGAUCAACCCCCGUGUCAUCAGGGAUAAAAGGUGUUACUGCAGAGACGGUUCACAAUGGAACAGAGAAAACCAUCACUGUGACUGGAUUAUCCCCCUCUCUGACACCAGGAGUACAGUACAGUGUCAAAGUGUCCACCAGGUCGGGGUCCAAGUUCAGUGCUUUUAGUGGCCAGAGUAGUCCUGACACUGUAGCUCCAGCUACUCCCUCUGGCGUUGAAAUUCAGUCCAUCACUACCAUUAGUGUUCAGGUGAAAGUUACCCUGUCAGCUGGUAGGUAUGAUGGGCUUCGUGUGCAGCUGUAUACAGGACAAGGAUCAACCCCCGUGUCAUCAGGGAUAAAAGGUGUUACUGCAGAGACGGUUCACAAUGGAACAGAGAAAACCAUCACUGUGACUGGAUUAUCCCCCUCUCUGACACCAGGAGUACAGUACAGUGUCAAAGUGUCCACCAGGUCGGGGUCCAAGUUCAGUGCUUUUAGUGGCCAGAGUAGUCCUGACACUGUAGCUCCAGCUGCUCCCUCAGGUGUUGAGAUUCUGUCCAUCACUACCAACAGUGUUGAGGUAAAAGUUACCCUGUCAGCUGGUAGGUAUGAUGGGCUUCGUGUGCAGCUGUAUGGAGGACAAGGAUCAACCCCCGUGUCAUCAUGGAUAAAGAAUGUUACUGCAGAGACGGUUAAUAAUGGAGACCAGAAAACCAUCACUGUGUCUGGUUUUUCCCCCUCUCUGACACCAGGAGUACAGUACAGUGUCAAAGUGUCCACCAGGUCGGGGUCCAAGUUCAGUGUUUUUAGUGGCCAGAGUAGUCCUGAAACUGUAGCUCCAGCUACUCCCUCUGGCGUUGAAAUUCAGUCCAUCACUACCAUUAGUGUUCAGGUGAAAGUUACCCUGUCAGCUGGUAGGUAUGAUGGGCUUCGUGUGCAGCUGUAUACAGGACAAGGAUCAACCCCCGUGUCAUCAGGGAUAAAAGGUGUUACUGCAGAGACGGUUCACAAUGGAACAGAGAAAACCAUCACUGUGACUGGAUUAUCCCCCUCUCUGACACCAGGAGUACAGUACAGUGUCAAAGUGUCCACCAGGUCGGGGUCCAAGUUCAGUGCUUUUAGUGGCCAGAGUAGUCCUGACACUGUAGCUCCAGCUACUCCCUCUGGCGUUGAAAUUCAGUCCAUCACUACCAUUAGUGUUCAGGUGAAAGUUACCCUGUCAGCUGGUAGGUAUGAUGGGCUUCGUGUGCAGCUGUAUACAGGACAAGGAUCAACCCCCGUGUCAUCAGGGAUAAAAGGUGUUACUGCAGAGACGGUUCACAAUGGAACAGAGAAAACCAUCACUGUGACUGGAUUAUCCCCCUCUCUGACACCAGGAGUACAGUACAGUGUCAAAGUGUCCACCAGGUCGGGGUCCAAGUUCAGUGCUUUUAGUGGCCAGAGUAGUCCUGACACUGUAGCUCCAGCUGCUCCCUCAGGUGUUGAGAUUCUGUUCAUCACCACCAACAGUGUUGAGGUGAAAGUUACCCUGUCAGCUGGUAGGUAUGAUGGGCUUCGUGUGCAGCUGUAUACAGGACAAGGAUCAACCCCCGUGUCAUCAGGGAUAAAAGGUUUUACUGCAGAGACGGUUCACAAUAGAGCAGAGAAAACAAUCACUGUGACUGGAUUAUCCCCCUCUUUGACACCAGGAGUACAGUACAGUGUCAAAGUGUCCACCAGGUCGGGGUCCAAGUUCAGUGCUUUUAGUGGCCAGAGUAGUCCUGACACUGUAGCUCCAGCUACUCCCUCAGGUGUUGAGAUUCUGUCCAUCACUACCAACAGUGUUGAGGUGAAAGUUACCCUGUCAGCUGGUAGGUAUGAUGGGCUUCGUGUGCAGCUGUAUAGAGGACAAGGAUCAACCCCCGUGUCAUCAGGGAUAAAAGGUGUUACUGCACAGACUGUUAAUAAUGGAGCGAUUAGAACCAUCACUGUGUCUGCUUUGUCCUCCGCUCUGACACCAGGAGUACAGUACACGGUCAAAGUGUCCACCAGGUUGGGGUCCAAGUUCAGUGCUUUUAGUGGCCAGAGUAGUCCUGACACUGUAGCUCCAGCUACUCCCUCAGGUGUUGAGAUUCUGUCCAUCACUACCAACAGUGUUGAGGUGAAAGUUACCCUGUCAGCUGGUAGGUAUGAUGGGCUUCGUGUGCAGCUGUAUGGAGGACAAGGAUCAACCCCCGUGUCAUCAGGGAUAAAAGGUGUUACUGCAGAGACGGUUCACAAUGGAGCAGAGAAAACCAUCACUGUGCCUGCUUUGUCCUCCGCUCUGACACCAGGAGCACAGUACACUGUCAAAGUGUCCACCAGAUCGGGGUCCAAUUUCAGUGGCCUUAGCAACAGGAGUAAUCUUAAAACUGUAGGUGAGGCCAUUAAGCAUUUAUAA